GUCUACUUUCCCAGCUUCAUCUGCACUUCCUGCUUUCCCCGCAGAAGUGGGACUAAACAAAAACAAAAUGCGAUAGUUUAACUUCACUGAUGAGCUGGGAUCAAUGACAGCGUUAUUAACGCUUCUCGGCAUAUUCCAGUGACCGCUUAUUUAAAUGUCAUAUCUCUGUAGCUGCGGCGUGUGGCAGUAAUAUAUAAAGAACCAUGCAGUUCUCUCCCACCAAUGGAGAUUUCACGUUCGUCUCUUCGACAGAGGCUGAAGAGCUCAGCGGCACCAUCAGUUCCCCGGAUAUUAAGCUAAACAUUGCCAGUGAGAGCGGUAAAGAUCCAUAUGCCACCACCUUCCUGAGGCAGCGAGGCUAUGGCUGGCUGCUGGAGGUGGAGGAGGAUGACAGUGAAGAGAGCAAACCUCUUCUGGAGGAGCUGGACAUCGACCUGAAGGACAUCUACUACAAGAUCCGAUGUGUGCUGAUGCCAAUGCCAUCACUAGGUUACAACCGGCAGGUGGUCAGAGACAACCCGGACUUCUGGGGCCCUCUAGCCGUGGUGCUGCUCUUCUCCAUGAUCUCCAUCUAUGGACAGUUCAGGGUCGUGUCUUGGAUCAUCACCAUCUGGAUAUUUGGGUCACUAACAAUCUUCCUGUUGGCUCGUGUUCUCGGUGGUGAGGUUUCCUUCGGCCAGGUUCUUGGAGUGAUCGGAUAUUCCCUUCUUCCUCUCAUCGUUAUCGCUCCUCUGCUUUUGGUGAUUGGAGGCUUUGAGGUGGUUUCUACACUAAUCAAACUGUUCGGAGUGUUCUGGGCUGCUUACAGUGCUGCUUCACUGCUCGUCGGAGAUGAAUUUAAAACGAAGAAGCCCCUUCUCAUAUAUCCCAUUUUCCUUUUGUAUAUCUACUUCCUAUCAUUAUAUACUGGUGUCUGACUGGAUGAGUUGACUCUUUGGACAUUUUCAUGGACAUUGAUCCUGAAGCAUGGGGGGAGGGGGGAUUUUUUUUAAAGUUGUUUAUUUCUUUUUUAACAUUCUAGACGGUGGGGAUGUUGGGAAUAUAUAUCAAUGUAUAUAGUUGUGUUCCUUUAUGUCUUUGGUCAAUAAAAUGCAUAUGCUUUUACAGCUUCAGUAUGCAGACUUCUCGUAAAACAGCAGAAAAUAGUCAGUGUUCUAUAUUAAUUGAAUGUUUGAUUUUUUUAUUCUUUAUCCCACUGAAGAAUGUGGUGCCAAAUACUCUCAGUGCAUAUGUUCAUGCUGUAAGAAGAGUAGGACGGCACCACAAAGAAAGAGAUUGUGGAGCAUGUUUUUCAUUGCUAUGCACUGUAAUGUACAGUGGGAAGUGUGCAUUUUUGCUUUGCUUUUUGCAAAGACUUGUUUUCUUAAUUUAUGGAUUUCAGCAGCAGCAGCAGAAGGUCGACAAAGGAAGUUCUAAUAUUUAAACCAUUGUCUGCUAAAUGUGGUGCCUUGUUUUCCCACCCCUGGCUCCCGUUUGUCAGCUGUUUAAUAUGGGAAUAUAAUCAUUUGAUGAUUAAUUACAGUAAAUUAAUAGCUAUUUGUCACUUAAACAUCUGGUAUUUUCUGAUUUCAUAAUAUACAGUAUAAACGCAGCUGGCCACACUAAUAUAAUAAACUGCUGUAUUCUGCAACACCCAAA